GACGGAGGCCUGCUCGAGAUGGGCACCACGGACGCGCCGAUGGGAUUCAGGGCCACCAUCUACAUCAAGCAGUGCGGUUCGCUCUCCGGACCCAUGGGCAGCCGCUUCGUCGGCGGCCAGGGCAGCUCCUGCAUCGUGAUACACGGCCGCCCUCUGGCGCGCACGAUGUCGCUGCUCUCCAGCGGUGCCGCCCAGGGCUCCUACGACUCCAUCGAGCGCACCGUCGUGGAGCUGCUGCCCUCGGGGUUCCGCGUGUCGCCACCGCUCGGGGCCGCGCGGAUGGGCGGCGUGAAGGACGUCGAGGGGCAGCCGUUCGAGCUCGCCGCCGCGGUGGUGAACGUGGCGCGCUCCGUGCUCAUCACUGGGGACCAUCAGGAUUUCCUCGCCACGCGCCAGAGGCAGUGCCCAGAGUGCAUUUUGCAGGGCAGCGCCAUUGUCGAGUCCUUCCAGUCGGGUAUCACCAUUCACGGGACCCACCGGACCACUGUCGACUCGAAUGUCCUCUGGAUGAACAGAGGGGUCGGGAUCUACACGGAGGACGGGAUCGAGAUGAACAAUGCGAUCAGACACGAUGCAAUCAUAUGCCCUGACGGGGACGAUUCGAAGCGCAGCGGGGGCCCCAGCGGUCUUUCUUGCAUCGUAAAGGGCGCGAGCGCAGGCGAGGGCGCGGGCGUGUGCAUGGUUGGUGUGACUGAUGACGUCAUGGGCAACCACAUUGCUGGUCAUCACCAGGGUCUCUUCACACCCGGCGUCCUCCACCACCUUGGCGAGGGGGGAGCGCAGGGGAAGGUCUGCCCGAGGCGCCUUCCAUGCGGGAUCACGCGCGGGAGUGUCAAUCGCGACAAAUCCUACUUCGGCGUCUACCCGGAAGACCAAUCCCCGCAGAACGUGGGCCCCCGCGACGAGAACGGCUACGUCAGCGACGCGCGGAAGUGCUGGCAGGAACUCGCGCCCGAUGGCGGGGUCAACGGGGUGGUCCCAGCGUCCGUGGUCGAGGACUGCCGUGACUGCCGCGACGACUUCGCGGGCCAGUGCGCGGUCGGCGACAGCGUGCACCUGCGCUUCAAAGCGGUCGGCUGCAACGCAGGCGUGGCCCUGGCUGGGCGGGCGCAGCUUCACUCCCUUCGGCGCUGCUUCGGCAGCCCCGACCUGGGCGGCCCCCGCCGGGGCAUGACCUGCAACGUGCAGAACAACCUGGCGGGCCUGGUCUCCGCGACGCACGUGUGCGGCUGGGUCGGGGGCGGCGGUGCGCAGGCGAUCAGUUUCGGCAGCAGCGACGGCGCUCCAGUCCGGAUCCUGUGGGUUGCGGCCGACGAAUCUCUGGGCGGCUAUGGGGCGAUUGUAAGCCCGCGCCUGGACGGCCUCGCGCUCGUGCCUGGAUGCAGGGGCCCCCUCAGCAAGUGGGGUGGAGGUUUCGGGCGCAUCACCAUUCGCGACCCCGGCUAUGGUGGUGUCAGUCGUAACGACUCUGAGCCCGCAUUCGGCGCGAACGUUGGCAGCCUCUGGCGAGGCCCUCCCUUCCCCGACCCCAGCCGCGCGUGGGGCAAUCAGGGCCGCUAUGCG